GGGGGAGGUGCGGGAGGUGCCUGUUUAUUCCUCCCACAGGCCGUGUGCAAAACCGAGUUCUUCCCUCCCUCCCUGAACUCUAGGAUCUCAGUUGGUGACGCUACCGCGUGUCCAGUAACGCCACAGCCCAGUGUUCCUACUGGAACCAAGGACUGCAGCAGAGCACAUUGACUGGGGACACCACAGGGAUGAGUUAACUUUUGUCCCCAAGUUCUGUAAUAGUCUGCAGAGUUGCUUUCAAAUCCUAAGAGUGUUUUGUUUUGAAAAGUAACGCCAGCGAGCACACCUCCCGCGCUCUGGGCAUUACUCACAGGCCUGGCAGCGGAGCAAGGUGGGAGACCCCGGCUAUUCUGCCACCGCGUGGCCGGGCCCCAGAGUUACACUGUGGGGGAGACGCUAGGAAUGUUUAUUGUUCCCUUGGCAACUGCAGCCUCCGCUAGCAGCUGGCGGCCAUAAGGGCGAUGGCUAAGGAUCUGGAAUCUGCCUCUUACCUGAAGUGGAAGCGUUGUGAGACCCAUGGGGUUAAGACUCUAUGCAACCUGAGGGAGCUCUUGACCCGAAUCCAUAAUGACCACAAGGAGGAUGUCUAUGUCUACACCUCAGGACACCUGAACCCCAACAAGCUCUACAGGCCACCCGAGACUGUUGUCCAGCGCUGGCGCAAUGCAAACAGACCAAGGGAGAAACACGCCAUCUUCCCCACCCUCCCCAGAGGCAAGCAGGUAGCCGAGAUGGAAGAUGCUUGGGUUUACUUCACAGUCAACACAGCUCUGUAUCCCGAUGACACCCACAACACGAAGCUGUUCAGGUAUUUGAACCCACACGUACUCCCUCCCCACACUUUCAAAGACGAUGCCACCUCAAAGAAGUUCACGCAAGAGGAGGAAGACGAGGACGAGGAGGAGGAGGAGGUUAAGGGAAGACAUACGUUCUCUUUGGAAACACACAAGAAGGAGGAGCUCAAGCUGCCUGAGAUGAAAGUACUGAGAUACCCAGGGGUAGCGUCCAGCCGCCAGUGUGCCAGGCCUGCCUCCGGCAGGGACGUAUAUCACUACAUCAGCUCUUACUUGGCUGGUGUAACCAAAGCCGACAGGUACAGGAAGUUCUUGAGUUUCCAAAGAGAAGUGCUGGCAAAGAAAGAUCUCCUGAAGCAUGACCUCACGGGCAGCAAGGUGGCUGUGAGCCAUGAGGACAAACUGAAGGAGGAGCUCCAGAAGGUGUGCACCUGCCACCCUCAGCAGUCCAACAGGUUGCAGGUCUUUGGAGAAAUCUUCGAGGAAGUCUGCAAGAGCUCUUUGAUCUUUGGGGACCUCCUGAAAGAGGUUAAGGAUGAGUAUGAAUUGUACAUGGCGGCUCUUCUGGACUCUCAGCCCACGGCGCAGUAUCAGCGGCUCCUGACCGAAGUCAAGGAGUUGGACAAGAGCCCGGUGCACAGUGGUGACGUUGACCAGGCCAAGGAGCACCUGAGGAGGCUCCAGCUGGCUGCCCUGGCAGCAUUGGAGCACAACGACAGACUCAAACACGAACUGGAGGCAGAGAGCCUGUUGCUGCAGUCUGCUCAGGAAAGAUGGGAAUCAUCUAAGAGAAGCGCAAAUGAUGAGGACCAACUCACUCUGAUUGAGAAGGUUGAGAAGAGGAGAUGUGAAAUCCUUGAACAAUGGGACGAAAUUAAAGCACUGGAAAAACACAUUAAAGAAACUCUGGUGCAUUCCAGAGUGCUAGAUAUCACUGAGAGUGGGAUUAAAAGCGUAGAGAAUGAAGCUAUAAAAUUGGAAACAACAAACAGAAUCUUAAGGAAGAAAAUAAAAGUAAGAUGUCUUUUAAAUAUGCAAACCAGUGUUUAUCUACAGAUGUAUUUCCCAAAGUUUCUAUUUUCCUGUGUCAUAAGCCACACAGAAGCACAUACUUUCAAUUGCUUGAACAGCUUUCUCUAUGUUAGGAAUGUCUGUGGAGGACUCAGCCCAGAACUGGACUCUUGUGUGCACACGCAUUAUCGAGGACACGGUGCAGUGUGA